AUGCCUCGCAAUGCACCACUCUCUCCUACUCAAGCUCAAAUAGAUGAUAUUCUUCGGCCUGCAAGGCCUGAAGCACUGCGUGUCUACGGUCAUAACACCACUGCUGACAAUGGCUGCUGGCUUCGUCUCUGCUACACGAAUGAAGAGGGUCAUAAUGCUCUAUGGUCUGCCAAUGAACUCGCAGAAUGGGUAACUUAUGAUGGGGUUGUCCUUGACGAUGAAAGUAUCUUCGGUGGCCUGGAUUUGGCAGCUGCGCUGGAAAUAUUUCCUGAGCGUGUCGCAAAUGAGCGAGUCAAUUUCGAGACCAGAGAGGAGAGCCUCAGGGACGCGAUAGAGGAUGCCGAAGAAGGCGACUGGGAUGAAAACCCUCUUGAGCCCUACGCUCUGUAUCAGGCAGAGUGUGUUGUUACCCAUAUGUAUGUGGAGGAUGAUGUCGCGCUGAAUGGCGGCGGUUUGUUGCAUGUGUUUUUGGACGACCGUGGGAAUGUGGUCAGGCAAUGGCGGGUGCAGGAUGAUGGAUUGGAGAGCAAUUAUGAUGGCGCUUGGUUUGAGCGUGUUUGGAAAGGGGACUUUGAAGGCGAGCGUGGAGAAGUCAGUCCUGCUUAUCAGGAGGGUGGAAGCCGGGGUCCCCCAUACACUAUUUGA